AUGGCUGGGAUCAUCAAUGAACGGGCAUCGACAAGUACCGAAGCCCCACCUACGCCUGGCCCAAUGAUUGUUCCUUCGGAAAUGAGAAGACUGGCUGAUGAUAUGCAUGAAAAAGUGGGUAUAUAUCUGCAAGGGCAAAUAGAUGGAACGAUUGCGGAAUACAAAUUAUUGGAGGAGAUGAACAAAGCAACAGGCCAGCGUUAUGAUGAUAUGAAACAAGUUGCUCAAGGAGUUUCUGAGAAGCUGUCGGUUUUAAAUGAAAAAUAUGAGGCACUUCGUCCUUAUCUACAACAGAUUGAUGAAAUUGAUGAAAAUACUCGAAAGCUGGAAGAUGCUGCUAGUACAUUGGAAAUAUAUGUUGCUACACUGGGUACAGUCUUUGGUUGUUGA